UCAAGUCAAAACAUUCAUUCUCAUUUUUUUUUCUUUUAAUUGUUGACAUUCUCACCCUUUCUUCCACUUUAGUUUUUAACACCUUUUGCUUCAUACAGUAAUUGCGCUUUACCUCAUACAGUUAUCAAUAUUAGCACCGAAUGUUAAACAUUGUACAACAUUUACUUUUACAUGAUUUUUCAUGUAAUUUUUUGGCAGUUGAUAAACUUUUAUAUCAAUAGCUUUAUUGUCAUUGGGUGAUUGCAAGAAAAGAUGGGCGUCUCAACUUUGGCGAACUGGAACACCGUAGCCUGUGCUUCAUCGACAAGAACUGUAUCCUUGACAGUCCGCUGAUGACACAUUUGUAUCGUGGCAACGGGCAGUUUAUCCACAGCGGGGGACUCAGGUCAGGCAUUCGGUGGACUGAUGGUCGUUAGACGGGAACUCUGAAGACAUUGUUAUUUGCUGUUUUUCAGUAUGCACGCUCUCUUUAUGUUUGUGGUGUUCCAGUGCAUACAUGAAGCAUGGUGUGUGCCCUGUAUACAAACAAAUACAGAAUAUGUUUGCAAGGAGAUUCCAAAAGGUUAUCCAGCUGGCUUGACCUCGGUGUAUAUGUUUGUGAAUGGUUUAGGAGCAAUCAACUCGUCCUUGUUUAACAGCACAAAUCUGACCUCUGUGAACAGUCUGACUAUGACAAACCAAGGUGUCACAGCAAUAGGGCCGCAAACCUUUAAUACGUUUCAGAACCUCAAAACUCUUAAUUUGGACCAUAAUCUUAUUUCCCAAGUCUCGUCAGACUGGUUUAGCCAUCAUUAUGCACUUGAGACACUCAGACUGUCAAAUAAUUACAUCACUACACUGGAUCACAAUUCUCUUGAAGGGCUGUCAAACCUACUCAUGCUGGAUUUGUCUCAGAACCAGAUUCACACUAUAACCCAGACUAGUUUUCUCAGUCUUAGUAAACUGGGGGCGUUAAACCUGUCUAACAAUCAACUUACGCAUUUGAGUGUGGAUUUGUUUCUUCCACUUAACGGCACACAGAUCCGUUUGGAUGGAAAUCCCUGGGACUGCUCCUGCUCUGUGAAGGACUUUGCCAAAUACCUGAGAGGUCUGCAGAAUGCCUCGCUGCUGGAGAAUGAGAUGUUUGUGCUUUGUAACAACCCUCCUGCGCUGAAAGAUCUGCCAGUAUGGCAGGUACCAGAGUGUGAAACCCCCACAACCAUGGGCCCCAACACUACGAGUUGUAUUAAUGCAAGCCUUACCACUGGAAGUCCUGCCACAGUAAUUACAACUAAACCUCUCACAAUUGGACACUCAACAUUAAUCAUAUUAAUUGUGGUACUGUGUGCCCUGGUACUUGUCAUCUGUGUCCUUUCAGUACUGUACCACAGGAAACGAGAAAGGAAACAUCUACAGGCUGUAAAACCUUCUUCAGAGAGAUCAGAGAUUAUACAGGCCAGUGAAACAACUGCAAAGAGCAACCGAAAGGAAAUCAGAAAAGGGAAAUCUGAAAUUGCUGAUAAAACGCAAAUUGGCACAAGAGAGGUCUUACUAAGGACAAACCAGAUGGUGGUUGGAGAUGAGAAGAUAUCACAGAUUUACCAUAUUUAUUCAUCAAGGACAUGUGAAACUAGGGAACCCAUUAAACGCGUGAGCUCCGCCGGGCCGGUCCUCUGCAGAACAGAGAUGUUUGCUAAACAGGUUGAAGAAGAAGUGGCCACUGAGGAAGUUGGGGUGAUGAAUGAUGAGUAUUUCAAUGGAUGGAUGACCUCAGAAAAAGAAAAAGACAAUCUAAAUAUGAAUAUUGGAGAGGCGGAAAAGUUGGAAGAUGGAAAAAACAUUGCAAAUGACGAGAGUGAUGGAUUCACUGAUGAGUUCAGUAACACCACAGACAGUCUGGAAUCACACAUGGAAAGCCUUCGAGAGGAAAAUGAAGAUACUGACAAGAGCGUUAAAGCUGGAACAAGCGUAGUUGAAGAUGUAUCUCAGAAUGGUGUGGGGAUUGAUGUGUUGGAAGACCUGAAUGAGUUGACCGUUGGAGCAGGAAGCAGUCAAGAUAUUCUCCAUGUAAAUCAUGUGACAUCCCAGUCUGAGGAGACAGAUGAGAAACUGCCUUACCUCACGAUUGGUGCUGAUCCGGAAAACCAGACUUCUGUGGUCGAUCAGCACACUGCUGAGGUUACAUCUGGACCUUCGAGACCCAUUCGGCGGGUACUGACCUGGCCUCCGACCGCGGUCCAGUGGAAGAAGCAGUGGGCUCAAAAUCAACAAGUCCUCAAUGUGUUCCCCAAAUUAAUAUUUGUAACCGGUUGCAGGCAUGACAUCAGACCAUUUCAUCCCUGGAUUUCUCCUGCAACCCUCCCAACCGCCCCACAUUUCAAUGCACUGGAGUUUCUGCCAGAAAUCACAGCCCCAAUGGAAGAUGUCAGAGUCGCUAUUGAUGAGGACACUUACAGGGCAAGUCUUGAGUCAUCCACUCAAAAGGUCAGUGCACAAGAACACUUCACUAAUGCUAAUAAAUCCCUGAGGGGAGAUGGCAGAAUUUUUACAAAUGAGGAAACAUGGAGGUCAGAUGUUGAUUCGACCAUCUUCUCCGACUUAUCUUUUAAAAACUCGCCUAUCGAAGAAAGUGAGGUCUGCUCUGAAUUGUUCAGCAUUUUUAAUCCAUCAUUUGGUGGCAGCAAGUCAAAGUCUGCUGUCGGAGAGGAGAUAAACAACAAGGAUUACAUGGAGGAAAUGCAGAGCGUGAAGAAAAGGACACACCGAGGUCACCAGAGUGAGCAGCUUGAAUCAGAAUUCCAGAAGCAGUCCAGGAGAGUUGAGAAAGCGGCACCAAGUGCUCAAAGAGACCAGAGGCGGGGGCAGGUGUGUAACGGCUCUGACUCAAGAGCGCCCCCUUCAGGUGGUUCACCCAAAGAUGACAGCCUGUUGCUGGGGAAUGAGUACACCUUUAUAGACCUGCUACAUGAGGUGGUUGAAAAUCGUGGGCGCUGGACUCGAGACCGAUGGAGACAAACACAAAAAAACAAACUCAAGCUCAAACAGAGUCGUUAGGCGCUGGAAAGAUAUACAGUAUAAAAACAUGAUUGAUUUCACUAGAUUUUUUUCCUCAAGCUGAUCUGGUGUCUGUGCCACAUUUGGAAAAAUAAGUAUUUAUAUUUUAAAAAUGACAAGCGUUAUGAUCUUUAAAUAUUAAUCUGUUCUUCAAAAAUACUGUAAAAUAUGCUAAAUAUGACAUUCUGUUGGAUAUGGUAUGUAAAAAAUAUCAACUGCAACAGUAUUUUUUUUUUUUAUAACAGACUAGUACACACAUUUGGAUUUUUUUACUGCAUCAUUAGUACAGUAAAAUGUUAAAAUACUGUGAUUUUAUACAUCAAUAGAGUUAUAAAAUCCGUUGGUUGGAAAAACUGUCACGUCUCUGGCUGCAUGCAGCAUUUAUUGAUUCAUUCUUAUACAUGUUGGUACAGACUUCAUUUAAGAACUUGUACAAAAUUUAGAAGUUUAUGUAUUGUUCAGUACAAUCCAAAAACAGGAGCCAGCAAAUGUAAACAUGGGUCUCUGACACAUUUGGCAAGAUUAGGACAUGCAUGGUCCAUGUUUUCUAUGACUACUGAAAAAUAAAACAAAGAAAAUCUUGUAAAUUACAACAGCUGUGAUCAGCUGGUCAAGAUAUAUUUAAAUCGUAGGGAACUAGUAAAAAUAGAAGACAUCUGCAAGCUGUUAUUUUGAACAUGCACAUUAUGCAUAUCCUUUCCAAAUGAUGGCUGGAAAUUUAGGGAACACAU